GGAGCAGACGGCUCGCCUAGUAGGAUGGAUUGUUGAAACUCCCUUGGCGGGAAAAUUCAUUUAUUUAUUUCUUUUCAUUUCGGUUCCACCACACUCUCUCGUCUCCAUCCAUCUAUCUAUCCAUGUGUCCGGACGCGUUCUGAUUUGGGCAGAAUGCGGAUCCAGUUGCUGAUUCCGCUGCUGUGGGGACUUAAUGAAGGGGCUUUUCCAAGCAGUGUCCAAAUCGGUGGGUUGUUUAUAAGAAACACGGAUCAAGAAUACACAGCUUUCCGCUUGGCCAUAUUUUUACACAACACAAGUCCGAAUGCCACUGAAGCACCCUUCAACCUGGUUCCACAUGUCGACAACAUCGAGACCGCCAACAGCUUUGCUGUCACCAAUGCCUUCUGUUCGCAGUAUUCCCGUGGUGUCUUCGCGAUAUUCGGUCUAUACGAUAAGCGUUCGGUACACACUUUGACAUCGUUCUGCAGUGCACUCCACAUCUCCCUGGUAACACCCAGUUUCCCCGUGGAGGGCGAGACACAGUUCGUGCUACAGCUACGGCCGUCCAUCCGGGGGGCGCUACUGAGCCUUCUAGACCAUUACGACUGGAAACGAUUCGUAUUCCUGUAUGACACAGACCGAGGAUAUGCCAUCUUGCAGGCCAUCAUGGAGAAGGCGGGGCAGAACGGUUGGCAGGUUAGCGCCAUCUGCGUGGAGAACUUUAACGACGCAAGCUACCGAAGACUGCUGGAAGACCUGGACCGUCGACAGGAGAAGAAAUUCGUCAUCGACCUCGAGACAGAACGACUCCAGAACAUUCUAGAACAGGUGGUGAGUGUGGGAAAACAUGUGAAAGGAUAUCAUUACAUCAUCGCAAACCUGGGUUUUAAGGAUAUCUCUCUAGAGAGGUUUAUGCAUGGCGGGGCAAAUGUAACUGGUUUUCAGUUGGUGGAUUUCAGCAAACCAAUGGUGAUCAAACUAAUGCAACGCUGGAACAAACUAGACCAGAGGGAGUACCCCGGUUCUGAGAGCCCACCUCGGUACUCAUCCUCUCUGACAUAUGAUGGCGUGUUGGUGAUGGCUGAGGCAUUUCGAAAUCUACGCAGACAAAAGAUUGACAUCUCUCGCAGAGGCAACGCUGGAGACUGUCUGGCCAACCCUGCUGCUCCUUGGAAUCAGGGCAUUGACAUGGAACGUACUUUGAAACAGGUGAGAAUCCAGGGUCUCACUGGGAAUAUCCAGUUUGAUCAUUAUGGACGGAGAGUCAACUAUACCAUGGACGUCUUUGAGCUAAAGAGUAACGGCCCUCGCAAGAUCGGUUACUGGAACGACUUGGAUAAAUUGGUUCUGGUCCAGAACGAGCUCUCCAUGGGCAAUGACUCGGCUAUGGAAAACAGAACUGUUAUCGUCACUACUAUAAUGGAAGGACCGUACGUGAUGUUGAAGAAGAACUGGGAGAUGCAUGAAGGUAAUGACCAGUUUGAAGGCUACUGUGUGGAUCUGGCGUCUGAGAUCGCUAGACACAUUGGAAUUAAUUACAAGAUUGCCAUCGUUCCGGAUGGAAAGUACGGAGCAAGGGAUCCAGAGACAAAGAUCUGGAACGGCAUGGUUGGGGAGCUGGUGUACGGGAAAGCGGAAAUCGCUGUGGCCCCUUUAACGAUUACUCUGGUCCGGGAGGAGGUGAUUGAUUUCUCCAAGCCCUUCAUGAGUCUGGGCAUCUCUAUUAUGAUCAAGAAACCGCAGAAGUCCAAACCGGGCGUCUUCUCCUUCCUGGACCCACUGGCCUACGAGAUCUGGAUGUGCAUCGUGUUCGCGUAUAUUGGCGUGAGCGUGGUGCUCUUCCUGGUCAGCCGCUUCAGCCCGUACGAGUGGCACACCGAGGAGCCCGAAGAGGGCUCCGAUGGUCCGCCCAGCGACCAGCCCCCCAAUGAGUUCGGCAUCUUCAACAGUCUCUGGUUCUCCCUUGGCGCCUUCAUGCAGCAGGGCUGCGACUUCACACCCAGGUCUCUGUCUGGGCGUAUAGUUGGAGGUGUUUGGUGGUUCUUCACUCUGAUCAUCAUUUCCUCCUACACGGCAAACCUGGCCGCCUUCCUCACCGUUGAGAGAAUGGUGUCGCCCAUUGAGAGUGCAGAAGAUCUCGCCAAACAGACGGAAAUCGCCUAUGGAACUCUUGAUGCCGGUUCCACCAAAGAGUUCUUCAGGAGGUCAAAGAUCGCCGUGUACGAAAAAAUGUGGAGUUAUAUGAAGUCUGCCGAGCCCACCGUCUUCACCAAGACGACAGCCGAGGGCGUGGCCCGUGUGCGCAAGUCAAAGGGGAAAUACGCCUUCCUGCUAGAGUCGACAAUGAACGAGUACACGGAGCAGCGCAAGCCCUGCGACACCAUGAAGGUCGGAGGGAAUCUGGACUCCAAGGGAUACGGGGUGGCCACGCCCAAAGGAUCGCAGCUAAGAACGCCGGUAAACCUGGCAGUGUUGAAACUGAGUGAAGCAGGAGUGCUAGACAAACUCAAAAAUAAAUGGUGGUACGAUAAGGGCGAGUGUGGACCCAAGGACUCGGGGAGUAAGGACAAGAGCUCGCAGGCGCUGAGCCUGAGCAACGUAGCGGGAGUCUUCUACAUCCUGGUGGGCGGCCUCGGUCUGGCCAUGCUGGUGGCCCUGGUUGAAUUUUGCUAUAAGUCCCGCGCCGAGGCCAAGAAACUGAAGCUCACCUUCUCGGAAGCCAUGAGAAACAAGGCCCGCUUGUCAAUCACGGGCAGCCUGGGGGAAAAUGGGCGUGUCCUGACGCCAGACUGCCCUAAGGCUGUGCACUCUGGCCCCUCCUUCCGACAUGGCCGCGCCCUUGCUGUGGUGUCCUCCGACCUCCCAUAGAAACCAAAAACUCACCUUGUGCCUUAAACCAUCUUACCCCACUACUGAAGUUCUGAUUCACGGUACCAUGGAAGAACCUCGCCGUCGCUGGCUUAACAGGACCGAGGGCUUGGAAAAAAAGAACAAAAAAAAACUAUUCGCACUGUUACAGUCUCUCUGCGACUUGGAAAUGACAUCAACAAUCAUAAACAAGGUUGGGCUAAUGGGAAGGCAUAUAUACAAACAUUUUUUAUUGGCCGUGUCCUGAAGCUUGAGUUUUGCCAUUGCGAAGAUGGAGCAUCAAGGACCCAUGAUGCCUUAUCCUGAAAUCUAACUUUGAGGACAAACAUCAUCGCAUAAGAAUCGUUCGAAAAAUCACGUAGGAGACCAGUAAACUGUAAACAUAAAGACCAUGUGCUUUUUCUGUCUUUAUCUGGUGGCGCCAACAUCAACAAACCUGCAUUAGACAUAUUAACUCACUCGAGUCACGCACACAUGUUGUUUGCAGAGUUUUUGAGGGAAAAAAAAAAAUUACAUAUUUAUGACAUGGUCCAAAAUCAUUAGCUGUAAUUACUAAACCGUAUGUAGAUAUUCUCUCAGGAGCUAUGUUCAUCUUGGGAAAACAUCAAAUAUCAUUGAGAUUUGUUCGGAGGCCACUUGCUUUUUGGACUAAUGUAAAUAGACCAGUAGUAAAGCUGAACACAAUUCUUUUAUACAGCAUCUUAGGUAAUAAUUAAUUGCAAUAACGAUUAUAGGAAAACCUGACUUGUAAUUAAGAGAUCUUUUAUAAACACAGUAUUAUAUAUAAAGAAAUGAAUCUAUAUAAUAGAGGAAUAUCCGACUAAAACAGCACUGUUGUGUGAGACCAUGGCAUCUGUUCUGUUAAAAGUUCUGUUCUGAUAACCAAUGUAAUGCAGUGUGUACAUGUCUUUGUCUUCAAUGAAUGUCCACACAUUUCACACCUAAAAACACCCACGCACACAAACACACUGAGUGUUGGAUGUUGACACCGCAUCACACAUGAGGGUCGUACUGACUCCUGAUUCUCACGUUUGGUGUUUGGUUUGGUUUUUUGCUUUAUUUUGUUUUUCUCUUUGUACCCACCAAUUCAAAUAAAACUGGAACAUUUAUAUAAUUAAUAAAAGUUUUCAUUUAUUUAGGGGGAUAAUGUGAAUGAAAUAUGAGCCAGAUUUGUGUGUUUAUUACUAUGGCAUAGAUUUUGUUUGAACUGUAACAAUUAUUACCU